AUGCUAAUACAAUACCCUCUUCUAGCUCUUGCUGACGAUGACGAAUACUUUUACGAAACAUCCAUCUACACCACAGUGAUGACUUUCAACACAACCAUAUACUCCAAGUUCACGACAACUAUAUGCUCACCUGCUACUGAGACAGUCACCAGCUAUGACCAAACUUAUGUCUUGAUAAACACGUGUGCUCCUGACUAUACCCCAGACACAAGCACGACGAUAACAGUGGUGACUACGCCUGAUACUACGACGACCACAACCAGUACAAGACACCAUCUGUCCACCACGGGAACCACCACAUUAAUUGAAUGGGAAGAUUGA